AUGGAGAAGCUCCCGGUGGAUGAGAUCGUGAAGCGUAUUGCAGAACUGGGCUUCAAUUGCGUGAGAGUGGCAUACAGCUUGGAGGCUCAUGUCAGGAAUCCAUUUCUUGAAGAGCAGUUUGUGAAAGCCAACAGGUUCUUGAGCGGCAAGCGGUUCUUGGAUGGCUUUGAUGCAGGAAUUGAGGCCUUGACCAAGGCAGGCUUGAUGGUCGUCAUGGCGUUGUGCUUUGGGAUGGAGCUACGUCCAAUGCGAUCCCAUCCGAUCAAAUUGGAUCUUCCAAACAGGGUGGUGUAUGAGACGCACAACUAUGUCGAGUAUCAGUUCUGGAAUCUGAUACCCCGUGAUUUGGGCAUCACCUUCAGUACACUGAGAACGAUCACGAUGCUUUCGUGUGGAAAGCUCAGACUCGAGUUGCGAAGGCUUAGCUUUGAGCGCCACGAUCUUCUACCUUCUGAGACGCUGGAGGAGGCAUGUUGUGUGGGCGGUGUGGGUGGUGCGUGGUCAGCACUCUUUAGCCUGAUCUUCAUGGCCAUGGCCUUCACGACCUACAAGGCCCAAGCGGUGAAGGCGGCGUGUACCUAUUGCAAAUGGGGUGCUCAGGAGGACUUCUUACCGCUACUUGGCAAUGCAAUGCAGCAUACAAAGUGGUCGAAGUCCGUGGCACGUGAUUUACCUUUGCCACAAGAUCUCGUGCCACAAGAUCUCUUGCCACGUGGGUGUAUUUUUGGCUCCUCGCAGCUUUGGGUGGACUUGCUCUACUUGUGGACAGGAACCUGCUGCAAAGUGAUGAAAGCUGCGAUGAGGAACGGCUUUGUGCUUGGGACGUUACUCGUGAAGAGUCGUGGACGGCAGGAGACGGACCUCUUCCGCAAAAGUAGCGGGGAAGGAAGUGGACGAGAGAUCACAAGGUGGCUUGACAAGCAGUGGGGCUUUGCUCUGGAAGAAGGCCAAGCCUUCACUGCACCUAUUUGGAUGGGUGAAUUUGGAUACUUGAGCCUGAGCUUAAGAAGCUACCUCUCUUCUAGGGAUGUAGACUUCGCCUACUGGGCGAUCAAUGGCAUCAAGUACUCUGAAGGAUUCAACCAAGCCAAUGGCACCUGGAACAGAAUAGCAGGGUGGGCACUAGGGUGGGCUUAUCUCACGGAUGAUGUACGGAGAAGCAGGGUUUACUCCUUUGGCGUGACUUGA